AUGGCAACAACUUGGAUCUACUAUGAGCAUGAUAAGGAUGUGACAGUUUUCAUUUGUAUGUGUUGGUGUGAUGGUUGUGUGUUGUGUUUCCUUUCAGUACUGACCUGUGACCAGGUCAAAGCAGAUCAGACUCCUGAACAGACUGUCCCAGGUUUAGCUGGUCUCCUGUCUCUGAUGAGGAAAAGCUGUCUGGCAUUAAGUAACUCUGGGGAAGCAGCCGGAGGGAGACUGACUGGAGAGGUGUUACUGGAGAAUGUCUUGACAGAGAUAGACAGUCUCCUGUCUCAAGGUAUCCUAAGCAACAGCCGGGAGGUGAGUAGGUUGCUAGGCGUCGUGGAGGACACCUUGAUGCUCAUCGGGCCACAGCUCAGAGACACCCACACCACCAUGGAAACAGACCACACAGCUACUGAGCUUGCAGUGAGGAGGGGACAGACUCCGCCCAUUGGGCCAAUCAGCCUGGCCAAUGACAACGUGCGACUGGACACCAGCUGGGAGACAGCCACUGGCAACGGGACGUACCCAGGUUUCACUCUGGCUGGGUUGGUGUGUUACAAGACAGUGGAGAGAUCUGUCAACAACUCCUUCCAGUACCUCACUGACACAGACACAGACACAGCAACCGCCACAGCAUCAAAGCCUAACUACCAGAUCAGUUCCAAGGUGGUAACAGCCUUUGUCAGUAACCCAGCAACAGAACACCUCACCCAGCCUGUCAUCCUCACCUUCAAACAUCUACAGGUGAGGGCGGAGUCAGCGGAGAUGAACUAUACCUGUGUGUUCUGGUCGGAGGGGCGUGUCCAUGAAGAGGGAGGGGCGUGGUCAAGGAGUGGCUGUACCAAAGUCACGUCUAACGCUACACACACCGUGUGUUCCUGUUCCCACCUUAGCAGCUUUGCUGUUCUCAUGGCCCUCUACCCUGUACAGGUAUACACACACACACACACACACACACACACACACACACACACACACACACGGUGAUGUCAAUAUAAUGCU